AACAAAAAGUCGGAAAAGUUAUUUUUAAUUUUAAUUAAAUAGAAUCUGAUUGUGAUUAAAAUAAAUGUGGUAAGUAAAUGAAUCGAGUACGAAAAGUUACGGUUGAACUGCCUUUUUACCUACUUUAUCAAUAGUAGACGAAGUACACAACACAAAAUAUAUGAACUAUUAAAAUGACUAACUAAUCAUUGAGAGUUUUGAUAAAACUAAUAAGAAGUGUUUAUGCCAAUGCUUGGCCCUGAAACACCCAGUUAAUAAGCAGUAAAAAUAACACCUUUUUAUAGAAGAUUUCGCAAUCGACACCGGCGGCAGAGAUGGCGUUGUUUAUGAAACAGGACUUCUCGCCCCCAAUCCUUUCAAGAAAAUGGAUAGCCAUUAAACUUAGGCCUAAUGUGCUACUUCACAGUACACAGCACAUUGUGGACAUCUUGGAAAGUGGUCUACUCUUCAGAGAAGAUAGCAUAGAGGUGGAACAAGAAGCCCCGUCUCCUGAAGAGGUGUGGCGGGGGGCGGGCGGCGCGCGCGGGGGCUGGCUCACGCGGGGGGAGCGCGCGGCCUGCGCGGGCGCCGUCGCCGCCGGCCUCGCCGGGUGUCCUAGGAGCCUGCAGCGUUCGACCCUGCUCUACCUGCUCACCCUCGCCACGGUCCCAGUGGCCCUGCGCCUCGCCCACCGCUCCAUCUCGCGAGGGUCCACUCUCCGGGUCCUACUGGGAGUGAUGAGGGACUACUGCGCGCUGGCCCGACGGGGACAGGCCUGUCUGAAGGAGCUGAGUGUGCUUUGUAAGGAGCUAGACUCGCUAACCGAGGUCCUGUCCUCAACCCACGCGCUGCUCUGCUCGCAGCAGCGGCAGCUGGCGGCGCUGCUCGGGCGCGGCUGCUGCGCGCUGCUCGGCAACUGUCCGUGGCUGCACGGCCAGCUGCCUGAACAAGGCGAUACGGGGCAGUUGCUGCAAAUCCACCACGCCUUCCUAGUGAUGCAGUCCACAUUCCUCAAACACCUGGCGGCAGCUCACUACGUCAUACCGCCCCACGCGAGAGCAACCUACAGAAACCACAACGAACGAGUCUUCUGGAUACACAACACGCUACUACCCGUCAUUAUUGACGAAUUUAGGGAGAAUUAUGAAGCUUUAGAUAGGAUGUAUAGAUUGGUUAAGAAUUAUGGUAACAAGGAUGUGAAUGUGGUUAAGAAACCCGGUGUGGCGAUUAAUGAUAGCUGGAUGUAUUCCGAAGUGCAUUGUGGUGUAGCUAAAGCUAAUUUGGAACUUAAAAUCGCGUUGAACAAAUGCUCCAGUCUAGAUAUGUUUUUGGAUAGUUGCGCGUUGAAUAAACAUGAUAUAGAUUUGGAAGUGUUGAAUAAAGAUAUUGAUGCGCUAAUCGAGGGUAUAACUAAGAGUUUGAAUACGACGCAAAGCGCGCAGUUAAAGCUUAAAAAGUUGAAGUCGAAAUUUGGGAUCAAAAAUGGAAUUAAAGCUCAAAAUAAUAACGAAGAAAAAGCAACGGUUUUGGAAGACAACGAAGUGAUUUUGAAAAUAGAAGACAAAGAACCAGAGAGUAAGGACGAAGUUUUUUAUUUUGUCCGCACGGAGGACGAUGAGAAAGCCGAACCAGCCAGCGAUGUGACCACUGCACCUGGCAAGAAGGAAAGAGAGACAACGAAAGUAGUUCUGAAUGAAUUGAAAAGGAAAUUGGUAAAAAGAGAAGACUUGAUGAGAGAAAGGGAGAGGCAAGCAUUGGUUAACACGAUGCCACAAUACAAAAACCACAUGCCUGAGUUUCCCAGACAGAUAACGGUUGAGGCUGCCAACAAAAAAGGUUGCAUAAGUAAAUUUAUCAAAAAGAAGCCGCCGAAAAAGCUCUUUAGAGACUACAAAAUCAAAUCUUGGACACGAUCGAAAAGAUUCAACAAGAAAGUACUUUUACAAACUUUAAAAAUCAGUAAAAUAAAUCUGGAAAACGACGUCUUCAAUGUGACUUUCGAAGCCAAAACUGGUAACAGAAAACGCAAAAUCAUGAUCUCAGUGACAGCUAAGAAAGAUGGCGUGAUCGUAGUCAACAAAUGGCACAAUGUACAGACAGCAAAAAAAGCCGACUUUGACUCUAGCGGCAUGUCUGAAGGUCUGAGCGACGUAGAAGCGGUUACCGUCAACAAAGUAGUACACCAAGCGGUGAAUCUCGCGAAUGGAGACGCAAAACAAACGAAUGAAGCUAUAAAUUUCAAAUUCAGCAAAAAAGAUCUGGAGCUGACUCCUUCAGACAGCGACAGUGAUUUCGAGAACUUUCACAACGAACAAGUGUCGCUUCUCAAAGAUGUCAGACGCCAUAGAGUAGCUAGAAAGAAGAACUUUCCCGCUAAAAGAAAUAGCGUGUCCAUAGACAAGGCAGAUGAAGAUGAGAGUCUAAAACCUAUGGUAUAUAGUUUUGGGACGGGCAUGGCUAUGGCUUCAGUGUUACAGAUUAAUAAUAAGGCUAAAAUACCUACUAUGGCGGCAGAAGAGUUGUUUAUAGGCGAUGGACAAGUGUCUGAGGAUAGCGGGAAUGAUGAGGAUGCAUAGUUUUGUGAUAAUAACGGUGCUUUCCAUCAACUGCCGCUACACGGGUUCGUUAUCGACGUAGAUAAACGCCACUAUUUCGCGAUUCGCUAUAAAUACGGCGCAAUGAUUGGUGGGACGCGUGACGCGCGUUUAUCGACGACGAUAAUGAAACCGUGUAGCGACCGCAGAGAUAUGUAAUGCUACGUUGCUAUGGAUGCGUUUGAUUAUCCACCAAUCGUAUUUAUUGGUCCACAUAGAAUAGCACUGAUGGGAAUGCAAAUGGUCGUAGCAUAGCACAUAUUAUCUGGAAAUAAUAUAUGUACUUACAUAAUUAUAAAUUGCUUCAGCUUAAAGAUAUUUUCAGACAAUAACGUACUUAGCCUUUUAACUGCAUUUGAAAAAUAUAAUUAUUUUAUUUGAUUUUUAAUCGAAAAACAUGAAGAGAAUAAAAUUGUAUCUAUCAAUUAUUUAAAAUAAGUUUAUAUUUGUGCUUUAAUAGUUUUAGAUUUUUGCUGUUAUGUUUGCAUUUAUCAGAAGAAGAUAAAGUAAGUAAUUUUAAUAAU